UAUGUCAAACAUUAAAUAUUCUCGGCCUUUUGGCUAAGAAUGCUAAAUUGCUAAGAUCAAAGUGUAGUGUAACUAUUAACAACAUGUUUACGUUGUUAUCUGCAAAUUUUCUGUUUUUCUUUCUACACUCUUUAUGUACAUAGUUCUAAUCAAUAAUGUUUGUUCUAGCCGAGAUGAAAGAUGUUAUUCGUGUUACUCCGGACCAUUUUCACCAAAGUUUGACGGAAUCAAUAACCACAUUGCUGAAUACGAAACUAGCAAACAAAGUAGUACUAAAUGUUGGCUUAUGCAUAGCUUUAUUCGAUAUCACGCAUAUCGGCCAUUCGUACAUAUACCCAGGCGAUGGUUCAUCACACACUGAAGUCCAAUUUAGGUAUAUUGUUUUUAGACCUGUGGUUGAAGAAAUUCUCAUAGGCAAAAUAAGAAGUUGCAGUAGAGAAGGGGUACAUGUUACAUUAGGAUUUUUCGAUGAUAUACUCAUACCAAUAAAUGCAUUGCAACAUCCAUCCAGAUUUGAUGAAAAUGAUCAAGCUUGGGUUUGGGAGUACCCUAAGGAAGAUGGAGAUAAACAUGAUUUGUUUAUGGACUCAGGUGAAUCAAUUAGGUUUAGGGUGACAAGUGAAGCAUUUGAGGAAAGUUUACCAACUGGACCUCCUGGCACAGAGCGAGCAGUACAAACAGUAGCCCCAUAUAGACUGGUUGGUGGAAUUAAUGAACCCGGCCUAGGCUUGUUAACCUGGUGGGAAGCACCUGAGCAAGACGAUGGAGAUGAAAAUGAUAUGGAACGAGAAAAUGAUGAAUAAAUAUUUUUUUAAAUGUUAAAA